CGGAAGCGGCGCAGGCGCGUCUCGGCCACCGGGGUCCCCGCCAUGAACCGCAGGAGGGCUGCUCGCCGGCCGCGGGUUGAAGGCGGCCGCGCUCGGCGCCCGGCGGGCCGCUCCCUGGAGGCCUUUGCCGAGGAGGUGGGCGCCGCGCUGCGCGCGUCCGUGGAGUCCGAUGCGGCGGAGGAUGAGGGCGGCCCGGGCCCGACAAGCCUGCCCUGCGCGCUGGCCAUGUGGGAGCUGGGCCACUGCGACCCCCGGCGCUGCACCGGCCGCAAGCUGGCCCGCCUGGGGCUGGUUCGCCGCCUGCGCCUGGGCCACAGGUUCGGCGGCCUCGUGCUGAGCCCCGUGGGCACCCAGUACGUGUCCCCCGCAGACAGACAGCUGGUGGCGCAGUUUGGGGUUGCUGUCAUUGACUGCUCCUGGGCCAGACUGGACGAGACACCAUUUGGGAAAAUGCGGGGGGGCCACUUGCGGCUGCUCCCACACCUGGUGGCCGCCAACCCUGUGAACUACGGCCGGCCCUGCAGACUGUCCUGCGUGGAAGCCUUUGCUGCCACCUUCUGCAUCUUGGGCUUCUCAGACCUUGCUGUCCUUUUGCUGCGCAAGUUCAAGUGGGGCAAGGGUUUCCUAGACCUGAACCACCAACUCCUGGACAAGUAUGCGGCCUGCAGUGGCCCAGAGGGGGUGCUGCAGGCCGAGCGGGAGUUCCUGGCUGGAGCCGCGGAGGCCCCCGAGGAGGACAUUGAUCCAUUUGACGUGGAUUCAGAGAGAGAGUUUGCAAACCCCAAUAGGCCUGUGGCUGGCACCUGGCUGCCCACAGACAGCGGGGACAGCGAGGACGACUCUGAGGAGCGCGGGCCUGAGGCCAAGGACGGAGGCGGUGGCCCCGGAGAGGAGGCUCUGGGGCAAGGAGCUGUGGCCGGGGCCCCCCCAGGGGUCUGGACAGGAAUUGAGAAACAGCAGAGAGACUGAAGACCGCAGGCACGUGUAUUUUCCAGGAUGGAGCAAUGAGGAGAUCCAGAGGCGGCAGAGGACUUGGGGGACAGACGGGCCUGGCGGCCUGAGUCCGUGCGGCUGGGAGCAGGGGUCAGCCCUGCAGGGGUCUCUCCGGGCCUUGCCUUAGACCUCUCCCAACAAGCUGCAGGCCACUGAGA